AGCCAAGCGUGCUGGGGUUUGAAAACUGCUAUGGAGGCGGCUGAGCUUCCGCGACGUUGUGGGCACUCUAUGGAGAGGCGGCUCGCCGGUGCCCCAGGCUGUUGAGCUCUAGCCGCCUGUGUCCUCGCGGCGCGGCGGCAGGGCCAUGCUGGCUUCGCGCGUGGCCCGCGGCUCGUGGGGCUUCCUUCGCAGCGCGGCAUGGGCGUCAGGGGUACGGCCGGGCAAGGGGCGCGCCCGCGGGGCUCUGCUGCGCUCGGUGCCUGGCUGCCUAGGCUGCCUGGUGGAGCGCUGGUGGCUGCGCCCCGCCGCGCUCGGUCUGCGGCUGCCUGGGGCCAGCCCACGGGGCCACUGCUCCGGCGCGGGGAAGGCGGCUCCCGGGCCCGCAGCCGGAGAGGACGCCGCCGCGGAGGCCCGGGGCGGCCGAUGGGGCAAGGCGAGCGCCACCAGCCUGUAUGAAAACCCAUGGACAAUCCCAAAUAUGUUGUCAAUGACAAGAAUUGGCUUGGCCCCAGUUUUGGGCUAUUUGAUUAUUGAAGAGGAUUUUAAUAUUGCACUAGGAGUUUUUGCUUUAGCUGGGCUAACUGAUUUGUUGGAUGGAUUUAUUGCUCGAAACUGGGCCAAUCAAAAAUCAGCUUUGGGAAGUGCUCUUGAUCCACUUGCUGAUAAAAUACUUAUCAGCAUCUUAUAUAUUAGCUUGACCUAUGCAGAUCUUAUUCCAGUUCCACUUACUUACAUGAUAAUUUCAAGAGAUGUAAUGCUGAUUGCUGCUGUUUUUUACGUCAGGUAUCGAACUCUUCCAACACCGCGAACACUUUCUAAGUAUUUUAAUCCUUGCUAUGCCACUGCUAGGUUAAAACCAACCUUUAUCAGCAAGGUAAACACAGCAGUCCAGUUAAUCUUGGUGGCCGCUUCUUUGGCAGCUCCAGUUUUCAAUUACGCUGACAGCAUUUAUCUUCAGAUACUGUGGUGUUUCACGGCUUUCACCACAGCUGCAUCAGCUUACAGUUACUAUCAUUAUGGUCGAAAAACUGUUCAGGUGAUCAAAGGCAGAUGAAAGCCACCGAUCAUCAUUAGCAAGGAAGCAAUAUACAUCAUUGGUGGCAGGGCAAGUGGAAAUCUACAGGAGUUUCCGUAAUUCGGGGUUCACCUUGAAAAAAGGACUUGUCAGAACAAACCAUGUCAUCAAAAUUUAAGUAAUGUGCAUUGAAAAUAAGCUUGAUCAUGGGCAUAUGCAGAAUUUCCGAUGUAUUUUUAAAUACAAAUAAAACUAGAAUUUUGUA